GCCACUACAUAACAUCCGCGGACUUGGCAGUAGCAGCAGAACAAGUGCCAAAUUGUUCUAUUCCACAUCUCGACCACCGAGCUCCAUUACUCGUCGCCAAUCGCAGCAGCCAAGGAUUUCCUACAUUUUUGUAGUACGGUAACGUUGAAUAGGAGAGUUGAAAUAAAAAAUGAGGCGGGCGAAUAGGCCUCCAAAUGGUGUGUUCCUGGCCGGCUUAGUCGGAUUAGCUGUCGUUUUCACUUGUGGCUUCAUCUCGACCGCAGUGGCAGCGCCGUUAGAAAAUGUUGAAUCGUCUUUGUCCGAUGAGAUGAUGACGAUUCACAAAGUUGGUCGUAGGUGGAUUCCCGUUCGAGUAAGAAUCAAUCACGAAGAAGAGACAAUUUGGUCGGUUCCAGUUUCGACACACGGUGAUCACCAUGAGCUGGAGACACUCUACGAUUUCAAAGCUGGAAUUGCAGUUUAUCGGGCCGAAGGUGAAAACAUCUGCUACGUUGAACAGUUGGCUGACCUAAAAUUCGAUCAACAAUUGAAGGCCAUUAAGGAGCGAUCGCUUCACAAAUUGUUCGUCAGACAGGCGCCGCGCACGUUAUACAUCGUCAAUGCAACGACGGAUCUGACCGAUGCGCGAUUAAAUGCCAUCUGUGAAGGAAGAGAAAUCCACAUGUUGAUCAGCGAUCUGGAACAAGCAACUCAACUGAUGGAAGAGAACAGCGAGACGCCCAAAGUGAGAUCAAAGAGAUCAGCCCACCCGCCGCAACAGACUUCACGAUCGGAGUCUUCGAGCUCCUGGGAAUCCUCCUCAUCUAGCAGCAGUAGAAACGGACAACUCCAGACUUCCAGCAAUUCGGAGAAGUCACAGAGUUCAUCUACCGACCAGUCUGGUACCAAGAAUCACAGACGCUGGGAAACUGCCAGUGCAUCCAGCACCAAUGGACCUGGCAAAGGACCGGUGGCUUGGACUGGUCCCAUUCCUCGUGAUGCGACCGUCACUCAAACGGCCGGCUCAUCUCAGAAAACGUAUACGUGGAAGGUGACGGAUGCCAACGGUUACACGACUACUCACACGUAUACAGGACCACUGGGACCCGACAGAACUCCCGUUCGAAUCCAAAUGCCUUCAGAGCUGGACGUAGGUGGUCCGAGUCCCAGCAGUUCGAGCCGAUCGUCCAAUGCUCAGACUGGGCCCAUUCCCCGCGAUGCGACCGUCACUCAAGAGGCCGGAUCAUCUCAGAAAACGUACACGUGGAAAGUGAAGGAUGCCAACGGUUACACGACUACUCACACGUAUACGGGAUCACUGGGCCCCGACAGAACUCCCAUUCGAAUCCAAAUGCCUUCAGAGUUGGACGUAGGUGGUCCGAGUCCCAGCAUUUCUGGCCGCCGACCUGUCAGUUCAUGGACUGGUCCCAUUCCCCGCGAUGCAACCGUCACUCAAGAGGCUGGAUCGUCUCAGAAAACGUACACGUGGAAAGUGAAGGAUGCCAACGGUUACACAACGACCCAUUCGUAUACAGGCCCAUUGGGACCCGACAGAACUCUCGUUCGAAUCCGAAUGCCUUCAGAGCUGGACGGAGGUGGGACGAAUACCAGCAUUUUGAGCCGAUCGUCCAAGGCUUGGACUGGACCUAUCCCUCGCGACGCUACCGUCACCCAGACGCCCGGCUCUUCUCACAAGACGUACACCUGGAAGGUGACGGACGCCAACGGCUACACGACGACUCACACGUAUACGGGAUCGUUAGGAGCUGACCGAAUACCCAUUCAAUUGGACUUGGUUUCCAAUACAGCAGCCAGUAGUCUCGAGCGGUCACGAACGCAACAACCAACUCGCCAUCUUGUUGCUGAAUCACGCACUUUCGAACAACAGCAAUCUGCAAUUCAACAACGGCAGCAACAACGUCAACAGCAAUCAUCGGCAUCCCAGUUGGCUGACUGCACCUCGCAGGAACAAAAGCAACAGCGUGGAGCCAAUAUCGAGGACCAACGGCGUGCGGCUCACCAAGAGGAAGAAUAUUCCCAUCAAGAAUGGGAGCGUCAUGAAGAGCACGAGCCAGAAGAAGAGAUCGGUCAAGUUGAGAGUCAGCAAGUACUUCGUGGACAGAAACAACAACGUCAACAGCAAUCAUCGACAUCCCAGUCUUCUACCCGAGGUUUGCAGCAGCAACAGCGUGGAAUCAAUGUCGAAGGACAACAACGUGCGGCUCACCAAGAAGAAGAAUAUUCCAAACAAGAAUGGGAGCAUCAGGAAGAGGACGAGCUAGAAGAGGACGAUCAAGUUGAAAGACAGCAAGUACUUCGGGGAGAGAAACAACAACGUCAACAGCAAUCAUCGUCAUCCCAGACGUCUAACCGCAGCUCGCAGCAACAAAAGCAACAGCAACAGCGUGGAAUCGUUACCGAGGAACAACGACUAGCGGCUCGCCAAGAAGAAAAUUCCAAUCCAGAAUGGGAGGGUCAGGAAGAGCUAGAAGAGGUCGGUCAAAUUGAAAGACAGCAAGUACUACAGGGACAGAAACAACAACGUCAACAGCAAUCAUCCACAUCCCAGUCUUCUAACCGCGGCUCGCAGCAGCAAAAGCAACAGCAUCAAUCCGUUACCGAGGAACAACGACGGGCGAAUCGCAAAGAAGAAUAUUCCGGCCAAGAAUGGGAGCGUCAGGAAGAGCACGAGCCAGAAGAGGUCGGUCAAGUUGACAGACGGCAAGUUCACCGGGAACAGAAACAACAACGUCAACAGCAAUCAUCGACAUCCCAGGCGUCUAACCGCAGCUCGCAACAACAAAAGCAACAGCAACAGCGUGGAAUCAUUACCGAGGAACAACGACUAGCGGCUCGCCAAGAAGAAAAUUCUAAUCAAGAAUUGGAGCAUCAGGAAGAGCACGAGCCAGAAGAAGAGGUCAAUCAAGUUGAGAGUCAGCAAGUACUUCGGGGACAGAAACAACAACGUCAACAGCAAUCAUCGACAUCCCUGUCUUCUAACCGCGGCUCGCAGCAGCAAAAGCAACAGCAUCAAGUCGUUACCGAGGAACAACGACGGGGCUCGCCAAGAAGAAAAUUCUAAUCAAGAAUGGGAGCGUCAGGAAGAGCUAGAAGAGGUUGGUCAAGUUGAAAGACAGCAAGUACUACCGGGAACAGAAACAACAACGUCAGCAACAGUCAUCCACAUCCCAGUCUUCUACCCGAGGUUUGCAGCAGAAA